UUCCCAGAAGCAGACGUGCCUCUAUCGAAUAAUUCAUUUAUCACAAUAAAAGCUUUGCUUAUUACUGUGACCUGUACGGGACUUUUAAGGAAAUCAAACAUUAUACACUGAUAAUAAAACAUCUAUCAAAAUGAAAGCACUUUACCACGAAGGUCAUUAAAUCAAAAAGACAAUGAACCCCGGCAUCGUCUGCACCAGAUGGACUUCCGGUGGUGUUGUAGCAGACCUGACGCUCGACCCACGCUGCCAACACGGUGAGCAGCGACACGACGGAGGUGGGAGACCAGUCAUCCCAGAUUCAGACACACACACACACACACACACACACACACACACACACACACACACACACACAGAUUAAAGAUGGUUGGCAAAAUCAAACACGUCCGACAGAAGCUCCACCAGGAGGCGGUGAGGCUGGUGCAGCCGAGCGGCCUCGGCGCGGCGCCGUGCCCCGUGUUGUCGCCUCCGAGCGUCCGGGACCCGCAGAGCGGCGAUCAGGCCCCCCGGCCCCUUGCGGAGAGCUCCUUCCCCGCCGGAAUCUUCGCCGGCACUAAAAUCACCCCAGAAGCUCUGGUGCAAACACUGAAGUUCGAGGAGGCUCCAGACACUCCCACGCCUUGCAGGAAAGGCACAGAAGAAAGGAAAGUCAAGCCAAAGAAAGAGAAGAUGAAGGAGCGAAGGGAGAAGUGGAUGAACAAGAUCCGCUCCAUCAAACUGGCCCAGGAGCAGCAGGCAGCUGAGGCCCGCAGGCAGGCCAUGCCCGUGGUGGGAGACCUGAGGCCGCUGGCCGACGCCCUCCCAGAGCUCUGUCAGCUCAUUGGCCCGCCCACUGCCCCUUCUGCUCGCCGCAAAAGCAGGAAAAACAAAAUGCCGGUGAAGAGGCCUGAGCCGACAGAUUUCAGUCAGAUGAAACAGUCACAGAAACGCAAACUCCUAGAAACGGAGAGCAGCCGCUUCAACAACGUAGUGAAGACCCUCUGUGGCAAAAUGAAACCCUUGGCUGACAUUGGCGAGCAGCUGAGGAAGAGGAUGAAGCAGGAGGAAGAGCAAGGCCCCAGUUAACAGCAAGCAACAGUUUAACUGUGUGAGACUUCAUACAUUCAUAAAGAUCCUGGAUCCCAGUGGGACUUUGUCCGGGGAAACCCGACCCCGUUCACCCUGUCAGAAAGGAGGAAGAACCCCUUGGCCCCUGACUGCAGGAUGCUGAGGAUACUGAGCGGCCCCAGACGGUACCAACAUAUUAUCUGUAGUAAUAAGGAAUUACAAUUCAUUCAAAGCUCUAUUAAUGUUUAUCCUCUAAAAAGUUACAUUUUAAUUCCUUUCAUUUAAAUCAAAGCAUUUAAUUGGUAAACAGAUCUGCCUGGUUUCUAUGAGCAUGCUACGAUAGAAUCCCCACAUAACCAUAGCAACCAUGAAAGUCUUGUCAGGGCUGAACCACAAUCUGAAUUAAAAUAUGAUGAGUGAGCAGGAAAACAUCCACAUCAUGGACUCUUCAUGUGGACGUAGACAGUAUAUUAACUGACUUAUUUUUUUUGUCCUGAGUUCAUUUUUGUAUAGAAGCUUUCUGCCAUUUGAAAAUAAAAUCCACCGUCUCCUCCCCCCUCUCAUUUCAGUAUUUUUUUACUUAAAUUCUUAUUUCAAAAUUCUCAUAAUUAUAAGAUAAUGUCAGGAAAAAAAACAUUCUAGUUGUUGAAUCUCAUCUGGUACAUUUAACUUUUCAUAGCCUCUCACAACUAUGACCUACAAUGUUUCUUGCUUUGAUUGUUAGAUAUGAGUUAGUCAUAAUAUAUUUUCCAAAUUCAUAAUUAAAGUGAUAUUUUUCAUAAUUAUGAGAUCAUCUUUGCAUUUUUAUCUACUCUGUUGGAGCCAUUUCAGUUGAACAGUAGCCUAACUGCAAUUUGGUUUACAUGCUCAAUGUGUUUUUCCUUUUGUGUUCAUGAUAGAUUCUGGUAACGAUUUGAACUAUUGAAAUGAACUGUAAAUCAUAAUAAACAAUAAUCAUCUAUCAGUUAUAUAUCUAUUAUCUGUAAGUAUCAGCAGUAACAGCUCCACUCAGACACGGGCCACAGCCUCAGCCCCUCACAGUGCCCCCUCUGACCUCUGCCCUACAGGUUCCCUGCAUCCUGAGCUUCACCUGUCAAGCUAUAGAAAAAUUAAAAUGUCAAAUUAACAUCUAGCGCAGUAUGUCCCUGUGAAAUAUAGUGGAGUCAAAGUGCAGAAACAUAUAGUAAUAUUAAGUAUAAGUAAAAUUGUUCUUGAAUGACGUACUGUAUUAGUCUACUGUGCAUUGACAGGUUUUCACAGGUGUACUUCUUUGUGAUAUUUGUCCUGUAAACUAUGGAACAUUCAAUAAAAAUACACAGUGACAAAAAA